CUUAGUCAGUUACUUCGCGUUAGUCGUCAUGUUGGCCAACUUCAGUGUGAGUUUACCCCUUGGGUUGUUCGAAUUGCUCUUGCAGGUUAUUUUGCCUGGCCAUACAACCAUAUUCUAUUACAAUCCAUCCCGAUUGAACUGCAAUUGGCACUGGCUACAGCAACGAAAUUUAUCAUCCAAUCCACAAUUUGUUUGGCACAGCUCAUCGCCCUAUACGGAUCUGAAAGAGAAACAAAAUAGUGAUAUAUUUGUGCUAGCAUGCUUAUCGGAACAAUAUUUUCAUAAGGAUUUCGUGAGACUUUCAAAGACCCUAAAAUUUCAAAGACAUGUGAAAGUGUUUAUUGAGUUAGUAGGAGGUGACAGCGAAUCAAGUGAAGACCUUUUGGCCUCCAGAGUGUUAAGAUUGUCUCUCCAGCAGAGCAUGUUGCAUGUCGUUAUUUAUUUUCAAGGAUGUUCGGAAAAAUCACUUAUAAUUUACAGCUUUGUCGCAUUUCCAAAGUUUAUUCUGAUCAAACAAAAUCUUUCGACUAGGCAUAUAUCUGGACUACAACUUUAUCGCAAUCAAUUGGAAGCUAUUCGUGGCUAUCAGUUGCGAGUCAUGCCUGACUUUUCCGAACCAAAUACAUUUGAAUAUGCGGAUGAGCAAGGUCAACUAAAAAUGGCUGGAUUUCUUUGGGAUUUCGCUCAGAAUUUCGCUGAUAAAUUGGGAGCCAAUAUCAUUGUAACCCGACCAGCUUCGACGUCUAGACGCUCUUUGGAUCAUUUACGCGAUAAUAUGUUGACCUUAUCACGCAAUAAUAGCAUAGAUUUAGGACUGCUAACAGUGUUUUUCCAUCGGUUUAGUUUACGGGAACUAUAUCAAUAUGCGUAUCCAGUGUUUUAUGCCAACUGGUGCACCAUGUUGCCUGUGGAGCCGUCUAUUACCCUACCAGAAGUGAUCCAACGAGUACUGAGCUGUGAAGCAAUCUCCUUCAUAUUUGUCGUCUGUCUGGCAUUUACUUUUGCCGAAUCAUAUUGCCAGCGACUGAAAUGGCUCUGGUGUCUGAUCAUUAGCAUCGUCAUUUUGUUUGUAAUGAGUGCCUUUAUCGCUCAGUUCUUUUCCAUGUUGAUUGGACGUCCUCAGAGACCUACAAUUAAUAGUUUCAAUGAGUUACUGGCUUCGGGUCUUCGAAUUUUCGGAAUGCAGGCGGAAUUCGAUGGAAUGGCUGGAGAUUUUCGUGCUAAAUAUGCGUCGGCCUUUCAGUUGACCAACAAUCCCAAAGAAUUGUACAUUAGGCGUAAUUUUUUCAAUACUAGUUGGGCCUACACCAUCACGAAGAUUAAGUGGCAUAUUAUGGAAACUCAUCAAAGAUAUUUCACCCAUCCUGUAUUUCGAUAUUCGGAGAAUCUCUGCUUCAACGGAUUCACCCCUUACAGCUUAAUCAUCUCAGAGAAUUGUGUUUUCAGAGAUACCAUAAGACUGUACAUUAUGGAAAUAUAUCAGUCAGGCUUAUUGGAUUAUUGGUUGACGCACAGUUUCUAUGACAUGGUCAAGGCCGGUCAUAUGCAAAUUAAGGACUACAGCACUAUCUACCAUUUGCGAGCAUUGCGCUUGGAGGACUAUCGAUUUGCUCGUUGGUUUUGCAGUGUCGGUCUGGUGAUGGCCUUCGCUGUAUUUGUUCUGGAACUAAUGCAACACUGGGUCAACAUAUUUCUGGAUAGUUUGUAAGUCGAGAGCAAAACGAUGGCAUAGAAUUCACACUUACCUUGAUGCUUUCUGUUCAAAAUAAAUGCAAAUUACUCACAAGGAA